CUCAUACUUCCAUCAACUUGAUACAUGCCCCACUGGUCUUCUAUACACACCAUGGAACCCCUGCGAAGGUCCCAAUCGUCUCGGUCCAUGAGAAGAAGCCAUCACAGUUCCCAAUCCACUGAACCUUUCGACCCAGAGCUCGCUAGAUUCCAGGCUACCACAGCUGCAUCUCGAGCGAUGCUGCGUUCCAAGUGCUCGUAUGAUGUUCUCGGUGGUCCAAGUCAAAUGGCUGUACCUCAGAGGCAACAUCGCCCUGCAGGUGCUGCAUUCAACUCUACAAAUGCUUCGGCUGAGAAUGAAGAUCUUCGUCGGUCUGUGCUCAAUAAGGCGAGCGAUCGAUCUCCACCAGCUGGUCUACCGUCUACCAGGGAGUUUGGAGGGCUCGAUGUCGGUAUCGCUACUUUGCCUUCUUCCUAUCGGCGACUCCGCAAGACCCGAUCGAUGUUCACGAAUUGGCAGCGCUCCUCCCAUGUAUCCCGUGGACUGGCAUCACCUGGAUGUCCGAGCAAUGAUUUCCCGGCAAAGAGAGAGCCUCGGGAUAUUCCACGCGCUCCUGGCACGCUGAGACGCUCCAUGUCAUUCUUCCGAGGGGAUACUCGAGAUGCUGAUGCUCUCCGAUAUGCUAAGGGUCAAGAGGCGGCGAUUGAAUUGGCACGCAAUCACCACCAGCAGCCGGAAAACUGUCAGACUGAGCCCCGGAAAUCUUCACUAAUAGUUCCCAAGUCAAGGCGAGAGCACAAACCCUUCAAGAAAACACUCCGUUCAGGGGUGUCAGACGCAGAGCUAGCAAGCGUGUCGCCGGCAACGCAGCGGUCCACUAACGUCAUAUCCUACGGCAAGGCUAGAUCACUGUCGUCGUCCCUCAAGAAAGGAAUCAAGAAGGUGUUUGGGCUCUCCAGACCAUCCUCGGCCCGUGCGACUCUGGGGAAAUCUCCCUCAAAUGACCAACAACGGACACAGGGGUCGCGCUCUCCAAUAUCCGAAAAGCACUCUGAUCUCUUGAAGUCUGGCAUCGAGGAAAGCGCCCUUCUCCACUCACCAGGUACUGAGGGAACUGUGAUAUAUACAGGAGUCAAGAAGUCUGGAAGCUCUGAGAGCCUUGCCACAAGUCGUUCUCGCGUAACAAGCUGGGCGGACUCGACGAUAGCAGACACUGUAGUAACACAUAGAGCAGACGACCACAGCUCUUUGUCUGUUAUAGACGAGCAAGACAGCUCCGUCCUUAAGCCGGACUCAUCCAAAGAUGCUUCACAGGCCACUCGUCGCACUCCAAAGCCUAACUGUACGAUAGACAGUCAGCGCUUGUAUUCUGCGCUGAUGAGGCGCAUCGAUGGGAACAAGACGGAGAAUGCAAGCGAGGAAAUCGUCCUUGGCCAUGUCAAGGAACAUCGCGCAAUUCCGACACCUGUGUCCUCAAUGUACACUCGCCGUAGUAAGAAGACGAUUCGUUUGAUCGCCAGCGAUGAGUCACUUCAAAGCCCCGGUUCCUAUACGACAGCUGAUGCGGGUACAGUCACGCCCUGCGAAACAAUUCCAUGUCAGGCUCAGCGCACCUAUGGCCAAAAGCAUCUGCAGGACAAACAUUAUGAUAUUUCCAAACUGGCAUCGUCCAAACACACUGUCAAGGAGGCUUUUAGAGACGAGACUGGAAACGUGGCUAUGGGAAGGUCUCCGAGCCCAGAGGAAAGCGAGGAUUCCCCAAGUAUAUAUUCUCGCUCAAUAGGUGGAAACUCGCCCAGCACAGAGGACCCAAAACCGGGUGAGUGUGACCCUGAAGUGGCGAAUGAACCAGGUGUGGCUACCAUAUACGCAAGUCAGCGGGCGAUCUAUAGCUCGCCAAAGCGUAAUUCUGGCCAGGGUCCCGAUGCGAUGCAACGACCGAGUGGGGAUUGGCAGCAAUGGAUGCACACGCAAAUGGAGCGAAUUGAAUGCCUCACACCUACCAGGCGUCACUAUCGAGAAGAUGCCCAGAUCCAAGACGAAAGAGCUGAUUUCGCAUACCGAACUCCAUCUCGAGACACACGAGGCUUUUGGAGUGGAUCACCAGACGAAGACCUGUGGACGACCUGCAAAGUAACAGCCAGAAAUAACUUCUCACGUCCGUUCAGUCGGUCAUCCAGUAUACGCAACACAAUCAUUGCCCCGAAGGAGCAACCAGAUACUCUGGUUCCACCUCCGCCGCCGGCGGACUUGACCCCCAAGGUAGAGACACGGCCAGAUGGAAUGGCCUUGUCGCCAGUACCUGCGCUAUUGAAUUAUCGAUAUCGAGCUCCAGAGUCACCAACUCCAAGAAGAGAUGCAACGGACAAAGCCCGGUGGAGAACAGGGGUAAGAGGAUAUGGGAGACAGCCUUCCAGAUUGGAUUCGAAGGCCUCCCAAUUCAGGACUUCACGUGCACCUUACGAGAAUAGAAGAUUGACUGACGAGAAUGUCCGAGUCGAGAGUGGGUAUCACGAGAUCACUAGCCAGGACAGUCAAGUGCAGAACAUGUACUCGCCCAUCUCGAGUAAACGCAUGGUGGAUAUGUUUCUGGAAAGUCGCCGACGACGAAUGGGCACCGAAAUAUCCGACGCAGCACCAUCCGAGGGAAUGGGUUAUCUGUAUCUUUCGGUUAUCCUUUUGGUCAUGACUGACGCUUCAAAGAAUGAACAAACACCGAUUGUGGCAGAUGAUGAGACAACUCAGUCUAGUAACAGUGUGUAUGAUAAAACUUAUACCAAGUCAUUGUCCAAUGACACGCUUCCAUAUGAGUCCUUGCCCUCUUAA